CUGAUACGCUGCAGCCUUUGCAACCAGAUUGACAAUACCUAUAAAGUUGCAUCUGCAAGAUGUCGAUUUCAGCAAUUUCUUUUGGAUUGCGACACGUCAAACAAGCAGUGUUUCGGAGCCCUCGGAAACGCCUUUCUUCCAUACGAUGGUUGGAAAGCCAAGGAUGAACGCUGCGGAAACAUUGUUUGUCCUGAGCAUACUGAAUGUCGGCCAGUCGAUGGAACUCCGAUGAGAACGGAAUGCGUCUGUGCGGAAGGUUUCCGAGCUAUCGGUGCAACUGCAGACGAUCAAGGACGACUGAUAUACACCUGCCAGGACAUUGACGAAUGCGCAUCUAAACCAUGCCAAACGGAAGCGGAAUGUCUGAACACUCCUGGUUCGUAUGUGUGCGCUCGGGAUCCCGACAAUGCCGUGUGUCCGAACGGAACUGAGGUCGUCGUCACUGGCCCGUUCUCGUAUCGAUGCGAUUGUAGCUGGAUAUAUGCGGGUUCAAAUUGCCGAUUUCCGCUGACGUUGAUACUUCUUGUUCUUGCUUGUUUCUUCCUUCUCACGACAAUUAUCGCUAUCCUUUUCGCUGUCUGCCAGAAACGACGGAAUCGAACGGGAACGUAUCAACUCUACGGUGCUCCUGUCGCCGAUGGCAUGUAA